AUGCCCGAGGAAGGCAUAGACCUUUCGCCCUCUGCGAAACUGCUGACGUCCCCGGAGAUCCUAUACCUGUCCUCACUGUUCGUCUCACAAGGCGUGACCAAAAUCCGAUUGACGGGCGGGGAGCCGACAGUCCGAAAAGACAUCGUGCCGUUGAUGCAGGACAUUGGCAAGCUGCGACAAAAUGGGCUUCGGGAACUGUGUCUGACAACCAAUGGGAUCUCAUUAUAUCGAAAAUUAGACCCGAUGGUAGAAGCCGGGUUGACGGGAGUCAAUCUUAGCCUGGACACGCUGGAUCCGUUCCAGUUCCAGAUCAUGACACGUCGCAAGGGAUUCGAUGCUGUGAUGAAGAGCAUCGACCGCAUUCUGGAAAUGAAUCAGGUCGGUGCGGGGAUCAAGCUGAAGAUUAAUUGUGUUGUUAUGAGGGGAAUGAACGACCGAGAGAUCCUCCCGUUCGUGGAACUGGGCCGCGAGAAACCGGUUGAAGUGCGCUUCAUCGAGUACAUGCCUUUCGGUGGGAACAAAUGGAACCAGGGAAAGAUGUUCUCGUACCAGGAAAUGCUGGCUGUCAUCCGAGAGAAGUAUCCCACAUUUGAAAAAGUGGCCGACCACAAGAAUGACACGAGUAAGACAUACCGUGUUCCUGGAUUCGAAGGGCGCGUGGGAUUCAUUACGAGCAUGACACACAACUUCUGUGGUACCUGCAACCGGUUGCGCAUUACUAGUGAUGGGAAUCUCAAAGUCUGCCUGUUCGGUAACGCCGAGGUCUCAUUGCGGGAUAUCAUUCGCAAGGAAAACGGUGGAAACCCAAUUGACGUGGAUGCAAUCAACAAUCUACAACUGUUAGAAACAGUACAAACUUCCGCACGCCUUAGUGACAAAGGCGGCUUGGUGAAUGAGCGAGAACGUGAGAUCCUUGACAUCAUCGGCAUGGCUGUGAAACGAAAGAAGGCGAAACACGCCGGCAUGGCGCAACUGAAGGAUAUGAAGAACCGCCCUAUGAUCUUGAUCGGUGGGUAG